GGGGAGAGGCUCGGACGGCCAUGGAAGGGUGAAGCGAUGGAGCAAGCGCCAUUGAUAUCUCAAGCUCAGUAGCUCAGAACGAAGUGAAGUCUAUUGGGAAGGUUUUUAGGAAAUAUCCACUGCGGGUCGCGCAUUUUGAGAAACUUGCAAUUGCGCCGGAUCGCACCGUCGCAGGUUGGAUAUUUUUUUUAAAAUGGGACCUACAGUAUAACGUCGUCGUUUCAGAUCAGCAGAGAUAUUAAGGUGCGGCGUGCCUUCCUGUACCAUACAUCGCUCUCUCUCUCUCUCUCGCUCGAAUGGCAUCUUCUUCAAAGGGAUGGCUCAGCAACAUCUCGUCAACAGCUUCCCGCGCCUAUCUCUUUCUGAUCAUCCUUCAGAUCCCACUUUUCAGGGUACCAUGUAGAUCUGGUAUGUGUACAACGCCAUUACAGGUCACUUCUUCCCAGUUGAUUGCAAGUGAGAUCUUUCCUGUAGCUGUAGUGAAGGCCCUUCUCUACCCUGGAGCCGUAGCAAAUGGCCUUGUCAAGAACUUAACUGUUCCAGGAUGGGAUCACCUACUAAACAUAUAUAACUUGACCGAUGUGAAGGAAGCCCCGGCAAUAGCUGAUCUCCAACGCCUGGAGGUUCUUGCAGGAAGCUACUUCGCUGUGGCAGGAGCACUUGUGGGUAUGAUAAAACCAGGGAGGAUGAGCAUGUUUGGGACGCUUUUGAUAAUCUGGGGCCUAGUCAAGGAAGGGAUACUCGGAAAGCCUGCGAACACCGAUCCCACAACAGCUGUUUAUGUCUACCCAACAAUGUUGAUUGCAUUGAUCUGUGCCCUCUCAUCCAUUAAGUAUGAUGUAAAGAAGGCUAUAAGAAGUGCCCCAGCCAGGCCCAUCGCUAAACCUCUGCAGAGCUCAUCAAAAUCAAAGCUGAAAUGAGUUCCGUGAUUGUAUCACUUUUUAUUGGUUUCAUCCACACUUGUAUUGAAAUUUUCAAGAUUACUGAGUUAGAACUUAUUGUUCUCCUACCAAAA